CUCUUCCUCAUUUUUAAAAAAGUAAAAAUGUACCACUGUUAUAUCCUUGUUAUCGGUAUCGCUUUAAUAGCCAUGCAAAGUAUGGUUUUUGCUCAUUUUACCCUCACCUAUCCUUCUUCUCGUGGCUUCAGUGAGGAUCAAGAGUCUGUUGCUCCUUGUGGUGGAUUCAAUACAGCUAGUGCUCAGCGCGUCAUUUUACCUCUUCAGAAUGCAUUUAUUGAAAUUAACUCUGGUCAUACCUCUUACAGUUAUCAAAUUAAUGCAAUCUCUGGUAAUGAUACUGUUCAAGUGGGUCAAGGAAGCAGAGGCUAUCCUCAAGCUUCUUGUUUGCCCAUUCAAUUAAAUAGUACAUUCAAGGAUGGUACCAAUACUACCCUUCAAGUUGUUUAUAAUGGUGGUGAUGGGUUGUUAUAUCAAUGUGUUGAUGUUACGUUUGCAAAUUCUGCUCCCAGUUUCAAUUCUAGUGCUUGUGCCAACCAAGAUGGUUCAAAGACUAGUUUUGGAAACAGCAGUACACCAUCCCCAUCAUCAUCAGGUAAUCAAAGCAGCAAUGGUACUUCUUCAUUAUCUGUUGGUGUCUUUACUUUUAUGGCCGUUUUAUUUACUUUCCUACUUGCCUAAUGUCUAUAAUAGAAUAAACAAACGCUUAUUUAAACCUGUCAAGUGAG